UGCAAGACAUCAACAUCUGUUGACCAAAGUUAUUUUUUUCUUAGCAUCUUCUAUACCAAAAAAAAGCCAAAAUAAUAAUUGAAAAGAAAAAAACAAUUUUCCAAACCUCCCCAAAGUCAAUACAAUCAUAUAUACAUCGCCGGCGCAUCAUCGGAGAGAAAUCUCAUCAUAUAAAAAUCCCAGCAUCAAUGUUUACUACACGUCAGAUCGCUGCCGUUACCCUAACACUUCCUCUCUUAAUCACCGCCGCCGUCAUUACGACCGUUGACUCCGCCGCCGUUGACGUGGCCGUCGACGGUGUCACUUCGCUCACCGCUUACGACUUACUGUCAAGCUACGGCUUCCCUAUUGGAAUUCUACCAAAAGGUGUUACUGGAUACAAUCUGGAUAAGAGUACCGGGAAGUUCAGUGUUCAUCUUAACGGCGAUUGCAGUUUUGCUCUAGAAGGUUCUUAUCAGCUUCGGUAUAAAUCGAAGUUCGGUGGAUACAUAGCGAAUAAUAGGCUUACGAGUUUAUAUGGAGUUAGUGUGAAAGUACUUUUUUUGUGGUUGAAUAUUGUGGAGGUUGUUAAGGAUGGUGAUAAUCUUGGGUUUUCUGUUGGAAUUGCUUCGGCGAGUUUCCCACUUGAUAAUUUUCUGAUUUGUCCGCAAUGUGGACGUGGAUUGAAUUGUAAUAACAGUGGAGAAAUUUUGAAGAUUCGAAACAGUCAUCUUGUGUCUUCUGUUUAGCUGCGUACAAAAAGGAUGAUGGAAUUUGCUGAAAGAGAGAUCAGGUGACGUUGUUGCAGUAGACAGAAAGCCUGAGGUGGUCAUUUUCCUCCUCAGCUGAGUCACAACGCAAAACUGAAAGUUGAAAAUUCCAAGAGUUCAUUUACAUUGUAUUUAUGUUAUUACUAUUGUUAUUGACUCCAACAUGAAUGCACAAUCUUCUUGAAAUUGCUGUUUAUAAUGAGAUUCUUUUCCACGUUUUAGAACUGUACCAAA